AUAUUCCAUCCAACUAAUAAGAAAAAGAUUAACCUCUACAACACUCCCACCGCCACCCCUCACGCAACUCCCUCCCUCCUUUAUAUAUACCCUACCCUCUUACUCUUCACUCUCACUAAAAACCAAAACCAAUGGCACUUGAAGCUCUCAACUCAACCCCUCACACCACCUACAUGGUUCAACCCAACCCUUCUAAGCGCUCACGCAUCGACCCCCACAUGGAAACCGAGGAAGAGUACUUGGCUUUUUGCUUGAUGCUUCUCGCCCGCGGCAGCCCCUCCGCCGCCGUCUCACUACCGCAACAUAACCAUUCUCCGGUGGCUGCUACUUACAAGUGUAGCGUCUGUAACAAGGGCUUCCCUUCUUAUCAAGCACUUGGUGGCCAUAAAGCUAGUCACCGGAAAAACCUUCCAGACGACCACCUCCAUACAUCCCCCACCACCACCACCACCGUGUCGGUUUUGAAACCUAGUGGCAAAGUCCACGAGUGCUCCAUCUGUCAUCGAUCAUUCCCCACCGGCCAGGCUCUCGGUGGUCAUAAAAGACGCCACUACGACGGCAACAACCCCGGAAGCGCCGUCACGGCAUCUGACGGAGCUGCUUCCAGUCAACCGCGUGAUUUUGACUUGAACUUGCCGGCUUUUCCUGACUUUCAAGUGGGAUUGACCGUUGACAUCGGGAAGAAAAGUCAACUCUCGGUUCAUGAACAAGAAGUUGAAAGUCCACUUCCGAUCAAGAAGAAACCUCGUUUGUCGGAUUAAUACAAGAUUUACCUAAGAUGAUCGUCGAAUUCAUUUGUUUUUUUUUUCUUUUUACUUUUUAAAAAUUGAAAUAUAUUAUAGAAUGGAUAAUAUGUACAUAGAAGAUAGAAUUCCUGUAUCUUGAUCAUGUCAUGUUGCUACUAUAUUAUACCAUUCAUUUGAUUCGUUAAUUAAUGAUAUGAGAUUUCUUUUUUA